ACCGUGUACAUGUCGCUGUGUGUGUAAAAUAUUAGACAGUCAAUGUAAAUGGUCACUGAUCAGCCAAAGAAGGCACUCCAUAAUCGCACAUGAUGGAGACAAUAUACACGGUUUACCCGUAAGGCUCGAGGCGCAGAAGCUAUAAAAACCAGCAAGUGACAGGUAGGCAGGUGAUCUCCUAUAAGUAUCGAGGCUACAUCAUUCCUGCUUUCAUGGUGGAUAAUUUGGAUCAGCUGCACAGGUUCCAGGUUAGAGAGGAUGAUGUAUGGAUUGUCACGUUUCCUAAAGCAGGUACAACAUGGCUUCAAGAAAUUGUCUAUCUCAUUGCUAAUGACCUUGACUUCGAGAAGGCGUGGAGUAAGAUCUUGGAGGAGAGGUUCCCAUAUCUGGAAUUUGUCAACCCGGGAUUGAAAGCUAUUUCCAGCAUGGAAUCUCCAAGAUUUAUUAAAACACAUUUACCACCAUCACUGUUACCAAGAGAAGUUCUCUCCAAGAACCCAAAGCUGAUCUACCUGGCCCGGAACCCGAAGGACACAGUUGUGUCGUACUACCACUUCACCAAGUCUCUUGCUACUAUCAACUACUUUGGAGACUUCAAUGUGUUUUUUGACCAGUUCAUCAAUGACACAAUUUCUUACAGCCCAUGGUGGAAGCAUGUGAAGGAGGGCUGGAACCUGAGACAUAAGGACAAUGUCCUGUUUCUUACCUAUGAAGAUCUGCAUAAGGAUAUCAGAGGCUGUAUUCGCACAGUGGCCAACUUCCUGGAAAAGUCUCUGAGUGACCAACAGGUGGAGACACUGGCCAGACAUGUGACGUUCGCCAGCAUGAAGGUGAACCCAAGUGUCAACUACAGCUGGUGGGCGGGCUGGGCUGUCAGGGAGGGCCACGAGAACCAGUUCCUUAGGAAAGGUAUUGUUGGAGACUGGACCAGCCAUCUGACCCCGGAGAUGAGUCGCCAGAUGGAUGACAUGGUGGUGGAGAAGCUGCAGGGGACUCAGCUGGUGCUGGAAGACCAGCCUGCAUCAAGACAAACACCAUAGAAGGUUACAGCUGAUCCACAGCUGAUCCAUAGUAAGAUGAACAGUGUAGACCCAACAACAAUAAACCAUAAGUUAGA